CUUCAUUUGAAAUACGAUUUGCAAUGUUUCGUCACGCGACAACUUUAAAGGAUCGUCAACACCUGUAUAGUUUGAUUAUAAGCCAGUUGUUGUAUGAUGGGUAUGGGAACAUAGCGAACAGCUUGGUCAAUGAAGUGAAACCACAGGCUAUAUGUGCACCCUCUGAGCAGCUACUGCACCUCAUCAAACUAGGUAAUGAUGAACGAAACUGCACAGCAGAACAUGGAGAACCAUCCAGUGAUCCGAACACUCUAUGACCAUGUCGAUGAGGUCACCUGCCUGGCUUUUCAUCCUUCUGAGCAGAUUCUGGCUUCUGGUUCACGAGAUUAUACUCUUAAAUUGUUUGACUAUUCAAAACCUUCUGCCAAAAGAGCCUUCAAAUACAUUCAGGAAGCUGAAAUGCUGCGUUCUAUAUCUUUUCACCCAUCAGGAGAUUUUAUUCUGGUUGGUACUCAGCAUCCCACUUUACGCCUGUACGAUGUCAACACAUUUCAGUGUUUUGUGUCUUGCAAUCCUCGAGAUCAACAUACUGAUGCCAUCUGCAGUGUCAACUACAACUCGAGUGCCAAUAUGUAUGUUACUUGUAGCAAAGAUGGUAGCAUCAAGUUGUGGGAUGGAGUCUCAAACCGUUGUAUCUCAACUUUUGAAAAAGCACAUGAUGGUGCUGAAGUCUGCUCUGCUAUCUUUUCAAAGAAUUCAAAAUAUAUUUUGUCAAGUGGAAAGGAUUCUGUCGCAAAACUGUGGGAGAUUUCCACAGGACGCUUCCUAGUCAAGUAUACAGGUGCUGGUUUAAGUGGCCGUCAGCUGCAUAGGACACAAGCGGUGUUCAACCACACUGAGGAUUAUGUAUUGCUGCCUGAUGAGAGAACGAUUAGCCUUUGCUGUUGGGAUUCACGAUCUGCUGAACGUCGAAACCUUCUGUCCUUGGGUCACAAUAAUAUCGUCCGUUGCAUUGUGCAUUCACCUACCAAUCCAGGCUUUAUGACUUGUAGCGACGAUUUCAGAGCUCGUUUCUGGUACAGAAGAUCAACUACAGAUUAAGUUUUUUUUUUGUUCUGAAAAGAGGGUGUUUCAUGCUGAAUUCCAUAGGUUGAACAAAUAGCACCAUGUGAGCCUGGACACCUGCAAAUUAUAUAUAAAAUUAAGUCAGCAUAGCUGGCUUGAUUGUACAUACCACCUGAUUUUUUUUCAGGGAUUUCAUAUACUUUUUUAGUGAAGCAACAUGGACAAUGUGCAUUUUGGUUGAUGUUUUAUGUAGUUUUGUUUCAGGCAACAGUUUUAGUAGUAUUGUGUAAGCUUAAUUUUGCUUGCACAUAAAUUUGAAAAUUUUAUAUUUUUUAACAGAAUGCAUUUUUGAAUGAAUAUGUUCCAUUUUUGAUGUACACUGAAAAUAUAAACUGAGGUUUUAAAAAUGUCAA